AAGUAAUAUCCACAUGUACGUGGCCGAGAAGUUGACAGAUUGACUUGAGGAGAGUGAGAGACUGACUUACUGAUUGAAAAUCAUUGAAGUGAAAGAAUCGAAUCCUUGGGUUCCGCAAUUUUGUGCUUACAGCAACGAUAUAAUUAAUCAAGAGAGUAGCAAUGGGCCAUUAGUAUCAUUUGUCAGUUAAAUCUCCUUGAACUUUAGAACAAGAUCAUAAGUAUGAUGGAAGAAUCGUCUGACGAAUCUACAGAAAUAAUUUCUAAUGAGGAAGCUGAGUUGGCAAAGAAAAUGCAGGAAAGUGAAGAACCUUUCAAAUCACCAGCAGGUACACCUAGCACAAAGUUUACCCCAAGUGUGGCUGCUCCUUCUCCAUUGCCGGAAUUUAUGAAUAGCUAUGGUGCCUCUCCAUCAGUGCCAACAUUGCAGAAUUCAAGAGAAUCUUCACCAGUGUCUCCUCCACAAAGGGAAGUUCCUGCUUCUUUGUCUAAUGUGCAGACAGCUAGUCCAACAGUCAAACCUAGCAUAGCUAGUCCAACAGUCCAACCUAGCAUAACUCCUCCAGCUCCAAUAGAGACCCCCAGGGAAGCCAGUUCUCAAAUCCCGGUCCCAGUCGAGAUGAUUCCAGAGUACUCCAGAAGUCCAAGUAACCAGGGAGGAGGGUUAUUCUCGUGGAUAGGAGGAAGUAACAUUGUCAACAAAAUGGUGGAGAAAACUAAGAGUUCCAUGGAGAGCAUGAUUACAACUCUUGAUCCUGGGAUGAAAGAGGUCAUCAGAACUGGUGGUGAUAUCUAUGUAGUGGUGACGUCAGAGAAAGAGAAUAAAGUCGGGGCAAUCCGAGAGGCAUUUCAGACUGUGUUUGGCAAGGCUAUUGUCAGAGGAAUGGAAAGCAGUUCAACAACUGCAACCCAACCUGUUGGUUAUACAUGUGGUUUAAAAGGUGCUGAGGAGAGGAUCCAAAAUCUUCGGGAAAAGGGAAAUUUACCAGAAGGACAACCAAUUGUGUCAGUGGAAGGAUUCAUUGUCGAAUUACUCCCAGACAGAUGGUAUGAGAUGAGUUGCUUGAUUCUACAAGAUCCUGCUCAUAGGAUUGAACUCCGAGCAUUUUCACAACCAGCUGCCAUCCCAGCUGAAUACAUUCUCCAAGCCCAGGACAGGACACCAUCAGAUUACCCCCUACGUUGGGCUGGACUGGCAGUUUCAAUUGGUCAAAUUGUGGAAGAGUCCAUGCCUCACAUUGGUCGAUCUGACUGGCAGGCAGCACUGACUGGUGUCAGUAGACGUGAAUCUCUGACUUUGGCAGCUAAGACUCUGGCUUAUAUGUAUAAGCAGAGACUGCCCUGCCCUGCUGUAUGAAUAUUAUACAUCUAUUUUUAUUUAUGUCAUUUCGAUACCAUUUGCUCUUUGUCAUCUGUAGAAACCAGUUACUUGCACACAAAUGAUUUACGCAGAUCAGUCUUUAGAAUCAUGCACGUGAUUGAUUCUUGACUAAACAAAUAUAUUGCUUUGCUUCCAUAAAAAUUUGUUCUUCAACAAUAUUCUUCAUGGAAUUAUUUUAUGCAGUGUUUUGAUAAAUGUAAAAUUCAAUACUAGUUACCUACAGUGUAUAUACAUGUACAUUACCAAAUCUAGUUCCAUGUAAAUUUUAUGUUACAUAUGGGAAUUUAAGUCUGGUUUGUUUGAAGUUUAACAGACAAGGUUUUUUUUUUUAUAUUUUGAGGGCAUUUAGUUAAACAAGUAUGAUGUUCAUGUACUUGGAUUUAUUAUGUACACAUUUUUCCCUCACCUUAUAUUAACCCAAGACCACAAUGGCAGACAGGGGCCCAAAGGCAGAUAUUGGUUGAGGGUUGAUAUGGAAAAGGGUAUGUUUUAUUAUGCUAUAUUACAUACUUGGUAGUAACAUACAAAACAAAACAGGAAGAAAAGAUGAAGAAUAAAGGGACAUGGACACAAUUUUGGUACAAAAAAAUAUUUAGAUAUUUCAUUGAUAUUAUGAUAGUAUUUGAUUCGUGUAAAACAUAGCAUCAAACUUACAUUUCAAAAACUGAUGAAAAGAUGCAUUUGAGACAUCAAAACUUUUUCUGUUCAAUACAAGGCACAACCCCUAUUUAUGUUAACAUGUCACAUGACUCAACCAUCAGUUGAUGGCUUUGGUGAAAAAAGGCUUUUAUAAGUAAAAUUUUAUGUUCUCCCUUAUUUGUGCUUGUACCCGGAAUUGAUUUAUCAUUAACAUGUCAAAAUGCUUUAGUGCUUUUGACAUACUUUUUAGAAAUCUUGAUGUUUCCUGGAUAGCAGGUUGACCAAAACGAUCUGGGGAUCCGGAUUUUAUGUAAAUACAAAGUAUAUCCAGUGUAAAAAUAUUUUUAAUCCAAUUUUUCAUGAAAGAUCUUUAUUUUGUAUAACAAGAUAUUGUCAAUUUCAUAUCGAUCAAAAAUCAUGUCCAUGCCCCUCUAACAUUACAUGUAUAUCAAUGUGUUAUCUAAAAAAUUGUUAUUUGUCAGACGAAAAUUUGUUUUCAAAUGUAAACAUGCAGCUUGAAAAUUUCAAAUGCUAUCAUUGAUUUGAAUUUAAUGAAAUAACUUCAGUGAACAGCAAAGUUUGAAACAGAAACUCCAAAAGGGGUGCAUUACGGUUCCAAAAUGAACACAUAUUGCACAUGCAAGGAACCUGUAUUUAUUACCAAGUAUGAAAAUUGAAAAAACUAUUCUUGACAUCGCUGAAAAUAGUGAAAAAUUAUCAAUAAAUCUUUCAAAGAUGAA